AUGUAUACUUCGGAUUUAUCAGAUAUAGAAGAUAAGAAAACUAAAACAAAUAACCAUACAAGUGAAAAAAAAAGAAAAGAUAUUAGUUUAUCAUCUAAAAGCUCAUCUGAACAACUAAAUUUCAAAAAAGUAAAAAAAGAUAAUGCACUGAAAUUAGUAGAUGUCACAAAUAGUAACUUGUCAUAUUAUGAUACAGACGAAAGCUCAGAAAAAUCUUUAUUUGAUGAUAGUGAUAAUGACAAAAAUUAUGAAUUACCAACAGCUGAGUGUUCUAAAAAAAGUAUACUUAACUAUGAUUCUGAAAACGAUGAACAAAAUGAUGAUACUUUGACUGCAGUUAAUUCUGCAACUUUAAACCAACAGGGGUUGUUUUUCAGAAAGGUAUACAAAUUUAAGAUACCUAUUUAUUACUAUUAUAAUAAAACUAAUAAUACUAUUCUAUACCUACCUAAUCUAUAUGGUUUUUCAAUUAAUUCUUUGUCUUCCAAUGCAGUUAAAGAUACACAAAAUGUUACACCUUCAACAAGUAAUCACCAAUAUGAAGCAGAUAUUCAAAAUAAUCAAGUUGCAUACUUAACCAAUGAUGCAACAAAUACACCAAGUGUAUCUCCUUUAGUGAACAGCAAUGAACAACAUUUAAAUUUUCAGAAACUUAUUUUGAAAUAUUUAACUUCCUUAAAAGUUGAAGUUUCUAAUAUUUCGGAUACUCAACAAGAGAUUAUUAAGUUGGUUAAUAAUAUCCAAAACAAAACUCAAGUAGACGAUUCAUGGGCAAAUGAAAUAGAUUAUUUUGUUUCUAGUUGGCCAAUAUCUGACCAUGAUGGUCUCAACGAUAUGGAAAAUAAAAUUAAAAGUGAUUCCAAUUUUCGAAAACAAGUUGUAAAUGAACUCGCAAGGAUUGGAGGAAAGUCGUUACAAAAUAUGAUAUAUAAAAUCUUAAAAAAAGUUUUUGAUGAUCAUAUUUUACUUGGAUUCACAUAUUAUGGGUUAAGAAAUAAAGAUAAUUUUUCUUUGAUGGCAAUAAAUAAAGUAAUAAUUGAAGCAGUUUUGAAAUCAAAAUUCAAAAAUCAUUCCAAUGAUGAUAUCAUAACAACUAUUAGCAAGUGGUUAACUGGAGCAAAAGGAAGACUAUUAAAAAAAGACAAUUAA